AUGUGUGAAACAAACAAAAACAUUUCACAAUGGGUACCAUUGGGUGGAAAUGAUCAAGAAAAGAUAUACAGAGAAGAUUUAAAUAAUGAAGAAAAUAAAUUAUUAAAAGAUGAUAAUGUAAGUAAUACAGAAAAGGAAUUGAUAUUAAAAAACCAAAAUUUUGUAAAAGAUUUAGAACUAUUAGAAUUAAAUUUCGGUGGGAAUAUGAUAAAAAAUAAACCAAUAUUAAGUAAAAAUAACAUAUCAUACUUUUGUACAGAAAAAAAUAUAAUAUGUUUAAAUUUAAAAAAAAAAAAAAAAAAAAUAAUUGUAACAUCGUUUUCUAUAGAUCGAAUAUUUUAUUUUUAUGAUAAAAAAUAUGAAGAAGAAUAUUUAAUAUUAAAAGGAUUUGAUAAUUAUAUAUAUGUAUAUCAAAUUACGAAUAAUACUUUCCAAUUUGUUAAAAAAUUUAUUAUAAAUAAUUUAUUUUAUAUUAAUAGUUUUGGAAAAAAUGGCGAACUCUGUUUAGCUACCUGGGAAUAUGUAGAAAAAAAAUUAUAUGCUAACUUUUUCUUACUAAGAUUUUCCUUUAAUUAUGAAAACAGUUUUUACAAUUUUGAUAAAAAAAAUGAUAAUAACCAACAAAAUGACGAACAAGUAGAUGAUUCAAUACCUACUCAUAUCACAUAUAAUUAUGAAUCGGGUUUUGAAAAUGAAUGUGACAUAAGUACUUAUCCAAUUGAGUUGUCUAUAAUACAUGACGAUGAAUAUGAAAGUGAAUAUUUUUCAAAAAAUAAUUAUUAUAAUACAAAUUUUAAAAGACCAACAAAAGAAAAAAAAAAAAAAAAAGUUAUUACAACAAAAUUAAUAUUAAAACCAAUUUUAAAAAUAAAAUAUAUAUUUUUUUCAAUGAUAGAUAUGGAUAAAAAUUUAUCUAAAUUAAUUUUAGCAAAUAAUAAUUUAAUAAUAAUAUAUGAUCUAACAAAAAGUUGGUACAAUAUUAUAUAUUAUAAUAAUUAUAUAUCAACUAUUAAAAUAAGUGAUGAUGAUAAAUCUUUAUGUGUUGGUUUUUUCAAUGGUUAUAUAUAUAUUCUUAAUUUUGGUGAAAUUAUGCCUAUUAAUUAUGAACAAAAUCAAAAUAAACAUGAAUCGUUAAAAAAUAACCAUAAUAUGUUUCAAAAAAUGGAUUCUCAAAAUCUUCUAAAUAAUAUAAAAGAAUUUUCAAGAAUGUUUCCUUAUAUUCCAGUUUUUGAAGCAGAUUAUAUAAGUAACGAUACUUUAAAAAUACAAUCAAAUGAUCAGGAAUGUGAUAAUGAAUUAAAAAAUAUAGGAAAUGACAACGAUUUUGUAAAAAAUAUUCCAUAUAUUAAUCUAGGGGGGUUUCUAAAAAAUAUGAUUAAUAAACAAAGAGUUCACUGUACAAAAUAUAAAUGGCAUAGUCAUUCCGUUUAUAAUAUAAUAACAGAAAAAAAUAAAAUAAUUUCAACAGGGGAAGAAGCUGUCAUAUUGAUAUAUAACAAAAAUGAUGCAUCAUUUGAAUUUAUUUCUCAUUUAGGCUCUCCAUGUUAUUAUAUUUAUUUAAACACACAAAAAAAUAUAAUUAUUUGCAACUCAUUAAAUAACUCAAUGUUUUUUAUUAAUUAUAACAAACGUUUAUUUUUUUAUAAAUAUAACGGUUUAUCUAUGCCAUUAAAAUUAACUCGUUUGUUUUAUAAUAAUCUAGAUAUGAUUAUAAAUAUAAAAAAAUCUUUUUGUAUUUUCGGAGAUCAAUUAUUUGGUAAAUUUAAUUAUUAUGGAAAACCUAAAAAUAAAAAAAACGCAAUUCAAAUUAAUAAUUUAAAUAUUUUGAAUGAUGAAAAAAUAAAUCAUGAUUAUAUGAGCGAAAUCGAAGAAAAUGAUAGCCCCCAAAAUAACAAUAUAGAUAAUAAAGAAGUUGAUGAUUCUUAUAAUUAUUCUGAAAAUGAAAAUAAUGAAAUGACAAAAAAAAGCAUCAUAACAUUUGAAUCAAUACAAAAUGAAUUAGAAAAAAGUAUAUAUAAUAAUGCAAAUAUAGAAAACAGUUUAUAUCAAAAUUUCCAAUUGUCUUAUUUUUGCGGAUCAAAUGAUGGAUUAAUAUGUUGUUUCUUAACAUCUUUUGCACAUUUACAAUUGUAUAAUGUAGAAAAAAAUAAACAUAUAAAAAAUAUAUGUCCAUUAAAUAUAAUAUAUAAAAGUCGAACAGAUUCAGAAAAAGUAAAUGAUAUAGAAUUAAAUUUAUAUGCUAUUAAUAAUACAAGAAAUAUCAUUAUGACUAUUGAAAAAAGAAAUUAUUAUAUGUAUGGUGUUUUAGAUACAAUUAAUCAAGAUUUAAUACAUACUACUUAUACUAUUCGAUUCUGGAUACAUAUAAAAAAUUUCGAUUAUUUUGAUAUGUUUCAAUAUACGAUUAAUAAAGAACCUGAAGAUUUUUCAAAUAUUAUAGGAAAUAAUAAGGAUGGAGAAGAAUUCCAAAUGGAUGAAAAUGAUAAAACUCAAUCUGAUGCUAACCAAAAUAAUUCUAAAAUAAAUACAAAUAAUAUUGAAAAAUAUAAAAAAAUAAUUCCUCAUCCAGCUUUAAGUUUAUUUAUAUUAUUAGGUUCAGACGGAAAUAUAACAUAUUGGUGUUUAGAAAAAUCUGAUAAAAUUUUAGGAGAUGAUGUAUAUAAAAAUUUUGAAAUUGAAAGCUAUGAAAUGGAUAGCGUUCAUUUAGCAUAUGUUAUGAAAAAUACAGAAAAUGAAACAGAUAUAUAUGCAAAUAAUACUAAUAAUAACGAUGAUGUUGAAAAUAAUACAGCAAAAGAUAAACUAAAUAAUGAAGAAGAAGGCGAAACAUAUAAUAUUAUAACUGUUGUGAAAAAUAUAAAUUAUAAAAAUACUCCAAUUUUGAAUGGAGAUAUAAGUAAAGAUGGAGGCAUAUUAUGUAUAUGUCAUGAUACACUAAUAUCUAUAUGGGAUUGUAUAAAUUUGAAAACAUUAGCAAUAAUUAAUCAUCCUAUGUAUACAUUACUAAACGAUUAUAUAUUUAAUUUAUAUAAAGGAAUAGAAAUAUUUGAUGUUGAAAAUAAUAUAUAUAUGUGUUAUUAUUCAUUUGAUACUCUUUUUAUUUAUUCUUUGAACCAAUUUCAUUUAGUGCAUGAAAAAAAAUUUAAUGGAAUAAUUGAAUAUGUGAAAUUUGAUAAGCAUUCCUCAAAGAUGUUAGCAGUAGGUAUAACUAAGAGAAUUAAGAAUUCUAAUGAUCAAAAAAUUAAUGAGCAUCAUUAUGAUAAUACCUGUCUUGUUCAGAAAAAUUAUUUAUAUAAAUUUAGCCAAAAUUAUUUAAAAAAAAAAAAAAAAUUUUAUUUGUCACAAAAUAAACCAAUUAUAGCCAUAGAAUUUGCUCCAAUAAAUAAGGAACAGAGCGUAACAUUAAGCAAUUAUCAAGAUGAGGCAAUAAUUAUAGCACUAAAUUCAAAAUUUCAGAUAUGCACCUUUUAUUUUAAUAAUUAUCCUAAGCAUGCACAGUUAAGGUAA